GAACGCUCUAUGGAGCAAUCUCUAUGGUCGUUUGGAACGCACAGCGGCAGUAGUGGCCGCUCUGGUUCCCGCUGCGCCGCAGUCUCUAUGGUAGAUCGUUGACAGCCGCGCAUUGGUGAGGCGGAAGUGCGCGGUGUCCAUGGAGAUGAUGAAGAUGUCGGCCACGGCGUACAGCGGAGAGAGCUCGGGGAUCCCGUUAAUGGGCAGCGGAGGUAUUUCGGUGACACCGACCCUGUCGUGGCUGCCGGAUAGCGUGCUGCUGGAGGUGCUGAGCUUCCUGUCGGUGCGGGAUCUCAUCCGGAGCGGCCGUGUCUGCAAGCGGUGGAAGAGACUGGUGUUGGACAAAUCGCUGUGGAGACAUGUUGAUUUAACACCUUAUAAGCUGGAUUCGAAAAUCCUCUGGCACCUAGUGAGGCAUUGGCUUGGCACCAGCCUACAGACUCUGAAAAUCAAGGGACUUCUGUUAUCCAUCAAGAAACAAGAGUUCCUAACUCCCGCCAUCCUCCAAGUGUUGGAUAAGCGUUACCCCAGCCUGGAAAACCUCCACCUGGAGGAGACAAACCUCCGUUCUCUGAACUAUGACUGUCUGCCCUCCACCUUGAAAACACUGGAGCUGUCCCAUUGUGAGAUACCAAUGACCUGGUUCAAACCGUCACCCAACAAAAGCAAAACUCUGCCAAAACUGGACACCCUUAUUCUGAACAACGUGUCCUCUUUUUCAAGCCAUCAUUUGGAAGCCAUAUGCAGUCAGUCAGUCCUAAAGACACUUUACCUUGCUGGCACCUACAGAGUCACUGACAUUGGUAUUCAGAAAGCAGUCCCCCAUCUUAAAGGACUCGAGCACUUAAAACUGAAUGCUUGCAAAGUAACAGAUAUUACGUUGCACUUGAUAGGGUGUCAUUUGAAGCACUUACGGACUUUGACGCUCACAAAUUUCUGCUCUCUAUCAGAUGCUGGUUUGGCUUGCCUGUCCAGUAUUAAGACUCUGGAGAAGCUGUGGUUGGAGUAUUGCCUCCGGUUCACCUCGAAAUGCAUCAUAGCUGUGUGUGUAAAUUUACCAGCCUUAAACUACCUUAACCUCAAUGGGAUCCUUUUUGAGGGUCAAGGUAUUGACGAGAUUCGGAAAAGCCUCCCACAUUGCACAGUCACUAACUCCUUUCCAGCUGUGGGCUCCGUCCCGAAGGAUUAGAGAAGGAGGCUCAGUAAUGGGAGAUGGCACUAUCUGUACUGCUUUUAAGCCCAGUACACCCUUUUUUUAAAAGCUUGUACCUGGAAUUGUGUCGGGUCGAUGCUUAUAGGCACUUUCUUUUUUUUUUU